GGACACUGCAGACUGCUGAGGUCUCCAUGAUGCUCAUUCCUGACUCCUGGCCCCAGUCUCCUCCUCCUGGCCUACUACUGAUCCUCCUACUGGGACUCACAGGAACCGCUGAAGAUGAGCUGCAGGUGAUGCAGCCUGACAGGGCGGUGUCUGUCACCGCUGGAGAGACGGCCUUGCUGCGCUGCACUAUGACCUCCCUGCUCCCUGUGGGGCCCGCCCAGUGGUUCAGGGGGAAAGGACCAAGCCAGGAGCCGAUCUUCCAUUUCAAAGAACCCCACAACCCACGCGUCACACCAGUUUCAGAUCCCACCCAGAGAGACAACAUGGACUUUUCCAUCCGCAUCAGGAACGUCACCCCAGCAGACGCGGGCACCUACUACUGCGUGAAGUUCCGGAAGACAGCCACUGAGGGGGACAAGGAGUUUAAGUCUGGACCAGGCACUGAGCUGUCUGUGAGUGCCAGACCUUCUCUUCCCGUGGUUUCCGGCCCUGCAGCCAGGGCCACACCUGGACAGACAGUGAGCUUCACCUGCAAGUCCCACGGCUUCUCCCCUCGGAACAUCACCCUGAAGUGGUUCAAAAAUGGGAAGCAGCUCCCUGACUCCCAGACCAGCCUGGACCCCAAGGGAGAGAGUGUCUCCUACAACAUCUCCAGCACAGCCAAGGUGGUGCUGACCCCUGGGGACGUCCGCUCUCAGGUCAUCUGUGAGGUGGCCCAUGCCACUUUGUCCGGGAGCCCUCUCCGUGGGACUGCCAACUUGUCUGACGCCAUUCGAGUGCCGCCCACCUUGGAGGUCAGCCAGCAGCCCAUGAUGGCAGGGAACCAGGUGAAUAUCACAUGCCUGGCGUCCAAGUUCUACCCUUCAAGCCUCCAGGUGACCUGGAUGGAGAAUGGAAACCUAUCGCGGAGAGACACCAGCUGGGCCCUCACCGAGAACAAGGAUGGGACUUACAACCAGACGAGCUGGCUGCUGGUGAACGUCUCUGCUCACAGGGAGAACGUGGUGCUCACCUGCCAGGUGGAGCAUGAGGACCAGCCCGCCAUCACUGCCAACCUCAUCCUGGAGGAGCAAAAGGAGCAGGGCGCAGAAACAACUCCUGAUACUAUGUGUUUUAAUCUUGCUGUGCUCCUCAUAGUUCUGCUCCUCAGCUCCAAGGUGUUGCUGGCAGUUGGAGUCUCUGCCAUCUACAUCCAUAGGAAACAGAUGCGCUCUUCUUCCUCCAACCCUGCCACAUGGGACUCUCAGUCACCACAACCUUCACACUUGGAGACAUACAGCCUGGGGUAAAAAAGCAGACAGGAGCUUUUCAAGGACUCUGCUCCAGAGGCCUCUUCUCCCAGGACAAUGCCAGUCCCCAGACUUCUGUUUCUCCUCUGCACAGGGAUUUAUCCCUACCCCCAGCAGUUGGGCUGCUUUUCUGCUCCUGAACUGAAGCUAUGAAAUCAGCUCUGAGGACUGACUCAGAACACCACCUGAGGAUGUGAGAAAUGGGCCCAGCCUGAACACAUCAGAAUGGUCGUACCCAUCACUUCUGGUGACCAUCACCACCCCCUCAGUCUGUCACGGAAGCAGUAACAUUCCUUGGGGAAAUUGCUCAUGUAAAAAAAGUGCCUUUGGACCUGUGGUGGAGAAAUUGAGGAGGUAAAUUUAAUAAUGCUGGGUAGCGGGUAAUUUUUUCUGAGUUUAACCAACUCCAAAGGGGGACAAGAACACAUCCUUAAAAGGAAUGAGAUGGGAGAUCAAUGCUAUAUAAGAGCAGAUGUCAAAUUCACAUUUGAAUGCUUGAUAUAUGCAAAUAAAGAUG